GAGAAAAAUCAGAUCAUCUUUUGGGGUUUUGGAAAACGAUGGAUAGACUUGAUGGUCCACCACGUCUUAUACUAGUUACUGAUCUUGAUUGCACAUUGGUUGAUCACGAUGAUCCUGAAAACACCGACCUCCUUAGAUUCAACGCGCUAUGGGAAGCUCACUACCGCCAUGAUUCAUUGCUUGUUUACUCCACCGGAAGGUCCAUGCGUUCUUACUUGAGUCUUAGGAAGAAGAAGCCGUUGUUGACUCCGGACAUCGCCAUUACUUCUGUCGGCUCCGAGAUUGCUUACGGCGGCGGCGAAUCGAUGGUCUCUGAUCAUGUUUGGGAGGCUCGUUUGGAUGAAAUGUGGAACAGAGACAUUGUCGUUGAGGAAUCUUCUAAGUUCCCUCAACUUGAGCCGCAGGCAGAGAAGAGCCAAGAGGAGCACAAAGUGAGUUUUAAUGUUGAAAGAGUACAUGCUUUGGAAAUAAUGAAGGUUCUUCCAGGGAGAUUAUUGGAGCGUGGGGUGGAUGUGAAGCUGGUUUAUAGCAACGACUUUGCUUUUGAUGUUUUACCAAGAGCAUCUGGCAAAGGAGGAGCUCUGACUUAUCUACUUGAAAAGUUGGAGAUUGAAGGGAAGCAGCCUUGUAACAUACUUGCUUGUGGUGACUCUGGAAACGAUGCUGAGCUUUUCAACAUUCCUCAAGCAUAUGGUGUAAUGGUUAGCAAUUCGCACAACGAACUAUUGCAAUGGCACGAAGAAAAUGCAAAGGACAACCCAAAAAUAAUUCUUGCGUCCGAGAGAUGUGGAGCUGGCAUGAUCGAGGCCUUACAAAGGUUUAAUCUGGGACCAAGCGCCUCUCCGAGAGAUGUUUUGGAUACUGAAAAUUUCCACGUGGAAAUUUUGGAUCCUGCUCAUGAGGUGGUUCAGUUUUAUUUGCUUUACGAGAAAUGGCGCUGUGCAGAGGUGGAGAAGUCUGACAAGUAUUUGCAGAACUUGAAAUCGCUCUCUAGUCCACUUGGUAUUUUUGUUCAUCCGUCUGGAGUGGAGAAACCGAUACAUGAAUGGAUAGACGAUUUGGAAAAUUUACAUGGGGACGGGAAGGAGAAGCAGUUUCGCAUUUGGUUGGAUAGAGUUUCGUCUUCUCUUAUCAGCUCUGAGACAUGGAUUGUAAAAUUUGACAAGCAUGAGUUAUCUGAGGGAAAAGUAGGGUCUUGUUCGACAAGAGUCUUACUAAGUUGCCAGGAGGAAAAGCAAAAGCUGACGUGGAUGCACAUCCACCAAUCAUGGUUAGCUGAUUCCUGUUCAGAUGAUCAAGACAAAUGGAUUUUCUGAAACUGGACUGACAUAUUAAGAUGAUGAUACCUGUUUGGGACAGGAGCUAACCAAAAAAGAGCAUAGUGUUUGUUUUGUGUUAUGUGUUGGUUUCGUUAAUACUCUUUUACAGAAUUUGAAAAGUAUAAACAAGGAAUAUUGUGCCUGAAUUGAUCUGUCUUGGAUCAUAAUUUAGGACCUUUUGGGGCAGGGAGAGUUUUGGGUCUCUACAAUAAAACCCUACAUUUCUUUUGUUCAUGUUUUGGGUAACUCUUGGUUUUUUCCUUUGUUCAUUCGUU